AAAUUUAUGUAAAUGAUUAUAUGUUAUCAAUAGAAAGUAAGCAUAUAUUCAAGUUUAAAAUUUACAUACAAGCCAAAUAUUUAAACUAAAUUAUGCACCAUUUACAACUCACCCGAUAUAAGAAAAAAUCACACACAAACACACACAAUGAGAUCAAUUUAUCUAAAGAAAGAAAUGUUGGUCAAUUAAAUUAGACACAAUGAAAAUACACACUUACAGGUAAUCAUGAUUCCAUUUUCACAAUAUAUAUAUAUAUAAAGUUUAAAUAUUGAAAUGAAAAGCAUUCAGAUUGAAGUGAUUCAAUUCACUUACUUAUAUUCUAUAUUGAAAUAACAUUUUAAUAUAAAGACAUGGAUAGUCCAAUGGAAAAAUUUAUUCAAAUUUAUUUAACUUUAAUUCGUGAUAAUGAUGAAAGUGUUGAAACAAGUAAACUAAGUGAAAGUUGUAGAAGAGAAAAACUUGAUAUGAAACAAGUCAAUGACUGGAUUGCACUUUUUGAUGUAGACAAAGAUCAGAAAAUCACAUUUGAAGAAUUUUGUCGAGGAUUAGGAUUGAAACAGAAUGAAAUGCGCAUUGAACGAAAUCACAUUAAAACUGUACAAUCAGGUAAAGAACCAAAUUUGCCAGAAGGAGUAAAAAUUAUCGCUUCAACAAUGCCGAAACCAAAACAAGUUGAAGUAACACUAUUAUAUAAAGAUAUAUUUGAUGGAGUUAAAAAAGAUCCUGAUAUGAAUAAAGUUGUAAAAACAUUCAAAAGUGAAUUAGAAAAACGUUAUGGACGUGUAUGGCAAGUCAAUGCUGUAACUCACUCAUACUGGGCAAGUUUCUCACAUGAACCAUUCCAAUCAAUUCAAUUCCAAUAUGAAAAUAAAAUCAUUCUUGCUUGGCGUACACCAAGUAACUAAAAAAGAAAGGAAUAGAAGGUUGAAGUAUGACCCAGUAACCAGGGAAUGACAUUUUGUUUAGAAACAAAACCGAUAUUAAACAAUUCCAAAGUUAUUAAUUCUAUUGAUAUCAUGAAUAAAAUAUUUGUCUUUCCCUUUUCUAUCUUUCAAAAAAAUUUAAUGUUCUUCCAAAUAUCUGAACAAACUACUCUCUAGUAAUAAUUAUUAUGAAAAUGUUUUAAGAAGUAUAAAUUUAGUAAAAAAAUAAUUACUCUUUACACUUA